CACAUUUCAAUUCUGUAGUACUGUUCCAUUCUAUUACUGCCUACCAUGGCUUCUGCUUUUUCUUUUUCAAAGUUUUCUCUGACUUUGCUUCUCCUAGUGCUUUUCUUGGGGAGCACCAAUGCUCAACUUUCAACAAAUUUUUACUCAAAAUCAUGUCCAAACUUGUUUUCGACUGUGAAAUCCACUGUUCAAUCUGCUAUAAAAAAAGAGGCCCGGAUGGGAGCCUCCCUGCUUCGAUUGUUCUUCCAUGACUGUUUUGUUAACGGAUGUGAUGGAUCAUUGCUACUCGACGACACAUCUUCCUUCACCGGAGAGAAAAAUGCUGUCCCAAAUCGUAACUCUGCUCGUGGAUUCGAUGUGGUUGACAACAUCAAAUCUGCUGUUGAGAAUGCAUGCCCUGGCGUGGUUUCAUGUGCUGAUGUCUUGGCUAUUGCUGCUAGAGACUCUGUCACCAUUCUGGGAGGCCCCACCUGGGAUGUGAAGCUUGGAAGAAGAGAUGCUAGGACCGCAAGCCAGUCUGCAGCUAAUAACGGCAUUCCUCCUCCAACUUCUAACUUGAACCAACUCAUUUCCAGAUUCAAUGCUCUUGGACUUUCCACCAGGGACUUGGUUGCUUUAUCUGGGUCACACACAAUUGGACAAGCAAGGUGCACAUCAUUCAGGGCUCGCAUAUACAAUGAGACCAACAUUGACAGCUCCUUUGCUCAAACAAGGCAAAGAAACUGCCCAAGAGCAACUGGCUCAGGGGACAACAAUUUGGCACCCCUUGAUAUUCAGACUCCAACAUCUUUUGACAACAACUACUUCAAGAACCUCAUCAACAGGAGAGGACUCCUCCACUCUGAUCAACAGUUGUUCAACGGCGGCUCCACGGAUUCCGUUGUUCGGGGUUACAGCAACAAUCCAAGCUCUUUCAGUUCUGAUUUUGUUACUGCCAUGAUCAAAAUGGGAGACAUUAGUCCCCUCACUGGAUCAAGCGGAGAGAUCAGGAAGAACUGCAGAAGGGUGAAUUAAUAAAAUUAAUGAAGAGUGAUGCUUUGUCUUUGGAAUAAAACAUAUAAAGUGGUGGAAAUUUUAGGAUUGUGUCUCCGUGUGUGUGUUUUUUUAAUAUUUUCCAAAUUAUUCAAUGGCUUAGACCCAGUUGCUCAGACUUCGUGAUCAAAUAGUGACCUUGGUUAGAGUGAGAAUUAUUUCAGUAUUAAUAAAAACAAAAUUUCUAUUAAUGUAUUAGGCCUAAUAUUCUUUUGAAUAAAAUAUAC